UUCAGAGCCUGGUCAUUUACGCCUUGCUCUUGCUCCACCCGUUGACGCUUGACAUAAUGCGCUGAGCUUGGCCAUCCUCUUCUGCCGUGCAAGCUUUCGUGAUCGAUCAUGGCCUGGCGCUCAUGUAGCGCCGCAUCUUCUUACAUUGGGAGGCCGCUCGCAGGUGGCGACUCUAUCUUACAAAGAUUCUUUUACCCCGCACUCCAGGCUUGUCGUGCCUGAGACAAGCGACGUCUAGCACAGCGAUACCUGGGUAAAAUGAUUGGCUUCCUCGCUCGCAACCCAGUCCUUUCGCCUCUCUUUGUCGCCGUCGGUGGAGGUGUCGUCGGAGCACUCGGAUUUGGUGCAUACUAUGUCGCCAAGUCGCCCGACGUAGUCGUGAACAAGCGCAUCAAGGACCCUUGGAAUGAUAUCCUCCCAGGCCACAACACCAAGCUUUGGUCCCACAACAAGGAUUGGUGGCAAUCUAGAGCUUCGCUGCCCGAUCCACGCAGCAUGUUCGUCGGCGAGGAACGUCAGACGCGAUCGGCGAGUGGUCGCCUUCGCGCCAAGGCCGCGGAGCUCAAGGCUGCUCGCACUCAUGACAAGGAAGAGACAUUCUCGCACUAGGGAGACAUCAUACACGGGCUAUCCGCGCUAUAUGACUGGUUGUAGGCUUGUUGGUUCUGUCGAGCGAUACUGCUGUAAGCCCUCAAACUGACGAUUACAUUGUAUCUGCGUCCGAUGUUGC